UGCUACAGAGAAAAGGGCGCCGAGUUUUUACAGGAUUACGAGAAGGAAGUCAGGGCGAGAGAUGCCACUGGGGGUAUUCACAAAGAUUUAGAUACACUCUUCGGAGUUCUCAAAAGGGCUGAUAGUAGCCAUGACGAUUCCAAGAUGGAUACGACUGUUGUACCAAAAUCUCCGGCUCUAAUCAAGGUGCCGUCACUAACGAAAGUCCCAUCUUUAACAAAUAUGAAGAAGAAAAUGGGAAAGACAUCUUUGGCCCCUAAACGUACACGAACUGGAAAGAACUCUCGCACAGUUAUGAAGAAAAUUGUUGCACCUAAGUUAAGAAGAGAAAACGUUCCGCAAUCUCACUUUGCUCUGUCUGACCGAAAGUGGAGUGACUGGCAAACAUGCAUAUCAUGUAAUAAAACUGAUAGUGACAUGUGGGAGAAAAGAAAUGGCGCCCAUCUUGGUUACCGAAGAAAGGAAAUUUUUGAUGGGAAGUUGACGAGGCCCACUCUUUACGAAUUCGCUGUUCAAACAGCUCCCGGUAACAAAAGGCAUAUCGUGUACUCAAAACUUUGUCACGGACUAACAUCUGCAGACACCUGGGAACGUCGUCUACUCGGACAGAAGGAUGUUCGGGGCCAAAUUGAGGACAUCCUUUCUAAAGG